GCAGAGCGCGGCGCUGCCCCCCGCCGGCCCCAUGCAGCCCGCCAUGAUGAUGUUCUCCAGCAAGUACUGGGCGCGCCGGGGCUUCUCGCUGGACUCGGCCCUGCCGGAGGAGCGCCCCGCCGCCGGCGGCCUCACCCUAAACAGAUCAAGUUCUGGGAAAAAUGAGGAGAAGAAAGGGAAUAAGGGAAAUGGGAAAAGUGAAUCUGCAUCUGAAGGUGGAAAGACUGCUGUGGUGUUUUCCUUGAAGAAUGAAGUUGGUGGAUUGGUAAAAGCUCUCAGGCUGUUCCAGGAAAAGCAUGUGAGUAUGGUUCAUAUUGAAUCACGAAAAUCAAAGAGAAGAAAUUCAGAGGUGGAAAUUUUUGUGGAUUGUGACUGCAGUAAGAAAGAAUUUAAUGAACUGAUCCAGUUGCUCAAGUUUCAAACCAAUAUAGUAUCUCUCAAUCCACCAGAAAACAUCUGGACUGAUGAAGAAGAUCUUGAUUGUGUCCCUUGGUUCCCCAGGAAGAUCUCUGAGUUAGACAAAUGCUCUCAGAGAGUUUUGAUGUAUGGAUCUGAACUGGAUGCUGAUCACCCUGGAUUUAAAGACAAUGUGUAUCGACAGAGAAGAAAGUACUUUGUGGAUGUUGCCAUGAGCUAUAAAUAUGGCCAGCCCAUUCCAAGAGUGGAGUACACAGCUGAAGAAGUUAAAACUUGGGGGAUGGUAUUUAGGGAACUCAGUAAACUCUAUCCCACCCAUGCUUGUCGUGAAUAUUUAAAAAACUUUCCUCUGCUGAGCAAGUACUGUGGAUACAGAGAAGAUAAUGUGCCUCAGUUGGAAGAUGUUUCUAUUUUUCUUAAAGAAAGGUCUGGCUUCACAGUGAGACCAGUUGCUGGAUACCUGUCUCCCCGUGACUUUUUAGCUGGUUUAGCAUACAGAGUCUUCCACUGCACUCAGUAUAUACGGCACAGCUCAGAUCCCCUCUACACACCGGAACCGGAUACAUGCCAUGAACUCUUGGGACAUGUGCCUCUACUUGCUGAUCCCAAAUUUGCACAGUUUUCACAAGAGAUAGGACUUGCUUCACUGGGAGCAUCUGAUGAAGAUGUUCAGAAAUUAGCCACUUGCUAUUUCUUUACGAUUGAAUUUGGCCUUUGCAAGCAAGAAGGACAACUGCGUGCUUAUGGGGCAGGACUUCUGUCUUCUAUUGGAGAGUUAAAGCAUGCUCUCUCUGACAAGGCCAAUGUGAAAACAUUCGAUCCAAAGACAACCUGUUUGCAAGAAUGCCUUAUCACUACUUUCCAGGAAGUUUACUUUGUUUCAGAGAGUUUUGAAGAGGCCAAAGAAAAGAUGAGGGACUUCGCCAAAUCAAUCAACCGUCCCUUCUCUGUGUAUUUCAAUCCAUAUACACAAAGCAUUGAGAUUCUGAAGGAUACCAGGAGUAUAGAAAAUGUUGUCCAGGACCUCCGCAGUGAUCUAAACACUGUAUGUGAUGCUUUAAGUAAAAUGAACAGAUAUUUAGGGAUUUGAUAUGUUUGGCACUGUGAUUUGCUGUCAGUUGCUCUUUCUGUUGCCAGUUACAUGAAAUGGCUAGUUUAUCAGAGCCAACAGUUUUCCCUUUACAGCUUGGCCUGUGGCUUGCAUCAUGGUGUAGCUCUAACUGUAAUGUGCAGACAAACCAAGGCAAUGCUAAUUUGUAAAUUAAACAUAGAAUGUGACAGAAUAUAAUCAUCAAUUCUUCAGCACAAUGUAAUGUACAAGUAUAACAUUAAAAAUUUUCCUGGCAACAGUUUGGUUUCCAUAAAAUUAUUCACUUCAAUGUUUAAGAAAUGGUGUUGCUGAUUUCAUUAGGCCUGAGUUUAUUUCUUCAUUAUGCCUUCCCUUCCAUAAGAAUCCAGAAAAAAAUUGUUUGCAACAUUUUAAUUUUCUUUGUAAGAAAGCAUUAUUUCUUUCUCUAGUGAUAAAGACAUUGUUUUGUCCAUA